AUGGCAAACCGAGUUCUGCUUUUGAUUUUUGUGGUCGCCACGUUUGCUUUGGCCACUGCUUUUGAGCCCAGUCCUCUUCAAGAUUUCUGUGUGGCAGAUCCUGCUAGCUCAGCAAGAGUAAAUGGACAUGCUUGCUUGGACUCAAAACUCGCCACCGCCGAGCAUUUCUCAUUCAAAGGGCUUCACGCACCCGGCAACACCUCAAACCCUCAGGGCUCGAAGGUGACGCCAGUGAACGUGGUCCAAAUUCCAGGGCUCAACACUCUCGGCCUCUCCUUGGCUCGGAUUGACUAUGCUCCCUUUGGUGUGGUGGCUCCCCACACGCACCCACGCGCCACAGAGAUCCUAACAGUCCUCGAAGGGACCCUUCAAGUAGGUUUUGUGACAUCAAACCCUAACAACCAUCUCAUCUCAAAGGUCCUCCACAAGGGUGAUGUUUUUGUCUUCCCUGUCGGACUAGUUCACUUCCAGCGCAAUGUUGCUGGCUCUGGAAAAGCUGCCGUUUCGAUCUCUGCUUUGAGUAGCCAGAACCCUGGGGUUAUCACCAUUGCCAAUGCUGUUUUUGGGUCCAAUCCAGCCAUUCCCAGGGAUAUCCUGGCCAAGGCUUUCCAGUUGGACAAGUCCAUUGUUAGUGGUAUCCAGGGUCAAUUUUAG